AACCCAACCCACCACCAACCCUAUCCCCUUCCACCCGCCAACUCCUCCAGUCCCUAGGCCACAAGCCCUGACUAAACCCUAAUAAGUAACCAACCUUUCUCACUCAAAUAACAAAGAAACAGACCCCCAUGGCCCUCCUCUUCCCUUCUUCUUCUCUUUUUCGUUCCCCUCUUCUACAAACCAUCAGAACCAAUCCCCACGCUCCCAAAUCCACUCUCUUCUGCUCCAUUCUUAACCCUAAACCCCCCUUCCUUUCUCUCACCUUAAAAUCCCUAAUGUUUCCUUCCCAAAUUCACCUCAAAAACCCCUCAUUUCUCUUAAAAGCGUCGUCUUUCACCUUCUCCGAGGCCACCGACUUCGCCACCACCGCCGACGGCGUCGGCGACGAGGACGAGGACCUCGCCAGUUCGCCGUGGGAGGGGGCGGUGGUGUACCGGCGAGAUGCCUCAGUGACCCAUCUGGAGUACUCCACCACCCUCGAGCGGCUCGGCCUCGGCAAGCUCUCUUCUGGGCUCUCCCGGUCCCGGGCGUCAGCGAUGGGGAUUCGGCUGCCGGCCAGGAGGGGAAAGGAGGCGCCUUUUGGCGAUGGAGAGACGCCCGUGCUCAUCUCCGUUGACGUCACGAGGAGGAAGCGGAGGCUGAAGCUGGAUGGGAUCGUGAGGACGGUCAUCACCCUUGGUUGCAAUAGGUGUGCUGAACCAGCAGCUGAGUGUGUAUUCUCAAAUUUCACACUUUUGCUGACUGAGGAUCCUAUCGAGGAACCUGAUGUCAUCAACAUGGGAGUAAUAUAUGGAGAAGACAAAGCCAAAACCUCUACUGAAAGCAGCCACAAUGAAGAAGAAGAUGAUGAGAAACAGAUAGACUUGGAUGACCGGCUCUACUUUCCUGCUGAAAAAGAAGAAAUUGAUUUAUCCAAACACAUAAGGGACAUUGUGCAUGUAGAGAUAACAAUAAAUGCAAUAUGUGAUGCAAAUUGCAAAGGUCUCUGUCUCAAAUGUGGCACAAAUCUUAAUAAGAGAAAAUGCAAUUGCAAAGAAGUUGUGCAGGACAAGGGCAGAGAAUAUGGACCUCUCAAGGGCUUGAAAAAGCAAAUGCAGCAAGGAUAACUGUUAUGUUGCUAAUGGUACUCUCUGGGAGCAGUUUUGUCAUAUAUCUAGCAUCUGAGGUGAGUAGACUAUAUGUACCUGAAGCAAUUCAUAGUGAUGGGAAUCUCCUAAAAUAUUUUCUUGUACCUA